UGGACACACAGCGGUAUUUUUCUCCCAAUUGAUUUAUCAUAUAAUUGAUUGUGGGAAAUACUGAACACAUAUGUGACAGUCAUCUGGGAGUUCAUUGGUCUCUAGUUAGUCUCUAACAGAUAUUUAACUUUGGAAUCUAUUCAUCUGGAUCAUCAGUCAGCAGUGGUGCACAUACAACUCUAAGGAGGCAUUGUUUCUAGCCUGAGAUAUAAUGUCACAAACAUUUAGUCCAACCCUGACAAGGAAAGUACAUUAUUUUCCAAAAAUAUAAAGGCAAGUAAGCUGAAUUUAGGGUAUUAAUUAAACACAUCCACAAAUAGGUUCGACAGAAUCCUCCAUGGUGACACUAAUAAGCAUGUUAUACUUGUCAUACUGGUUGAGACCAUCACCUCGGUGCCUAAAUACAUUUUUAUUAAAAUGCUACUAACAAUCAUAAUUAAAAUACAACAUUGAUAAGAAGACGAAGACGAAGAAGAAGAAGAACAAAUUCGUGUUAAAAAGUGAAAUGUGCGGUUGUUCCGCAGUCCAGAUGUGCAGCGCGCCUCCGCUACACCCCCGCGCAGCGACGUGAGCACGCAAAGCCGAAGCAGCUGCGUCAAGUUGGCCAGAGACAACAGUGCAGAUACAAGAAAGUAGCAGAGUUGGCCUUCAAAAUAAAAGAAGCCAUGUCCCAAAAUUGAGUGGUUCGAUUUUAGCAUGGCAAAAAAAAUCUAGCAGCUGUUAGAUGACUAAAUAACCACAUAGUUAACAGUGAAUUGAUCAGGUGGAGAGUUGAUAGGCCUCGAUUUGUCAAUACUAAAUCAAUACCUGCAUCUCCAGCUUCACUAUUAAGUGUUGUGAAGGGUUGAAUGAGCAAGCUAAACCAAUAUGUGUCCCAUAAAAGAAGGACAGGUCUACUGGUGAUAGUGCCUCUGGCUAUGACAAGCUGUCUCUUAAAAGGAAGUUAACUAUUUAAAAUAUAUAUGUGGCUUUUAAUUUUGAGCAAUAUAAUAGCUUUAGUUUCUUUUUAAGUUUUACAAAUUGUAAUCCCUGGUGUGUUUUUUUAUUAUACCUCCGUUUAAUUUCGUGCAACAUUUUAUUGUUGUGUUGUUUUAAUCUUGCUAUGUGAAGCACAUCUUGGCUGCCUGUCGAUUUGAAAGUUGCAAUAUUAAUGAGUGGUGAGUUCAAAUGAAUUGAUUUGAGUUGAGUUUGUAAGAGUCGGGAAGAUUAAACGCAGCGAAGACAAAGCAGGCGAAUGUUUUGUCAUUUCAGUCCUAACAAUAUAAAAGUCUGCAGGGCGGUGAGUCUGUCAGCACUGUGUGUCCCUCUCUUGUGGCCGGACACCUGAACGCAACUUGAAAUUGCAAUUACCCUGCGCUGUUUUCUUUAACUUAUUGCAACCUCACUAACCGGAAGUGAUGUGUCCUCAUCGCGUGUCUCUUGACACUGACCAUUGAAGGAAAACGGAGCAGAAGAGCGAAACAUGGCGACUUCGAACAAUCCGCGGAAAUUCAGCGAGAAAAUCGCUCUGCACAACCAGAAGCAGGCAGAGGAGACGGCGGCGUUUGAAGAAGUGAUGAAGGACCUCAGCAUUACUCGGGCAGCGAGGCUACAGUUUCAGAAAACUCAGUACUUGCAGCUGGGACCAAACCGUGGGCAGUACUAUGGAGGAUCUUUGCCAAAUGUCAAUCAGAUUGGAAACAGCACGAUGGAUAUGCCUUUUCAGAAUUCAGGGCUGGACACGAACAGAUCUACGCGACACCACGGGCUGGUGGACCGAGUCUACCGGGACCGCAGCCGCAUCACAUCGCCCCACCAAAAACCCCUCUCUGUUGACAAGCAUGGACGCCAGAUUGACAGCUGUCCAUAUGGUUCAGUAUAUCUGUCACCACCACCUGAUACCAGCUGGAGGAGGACAAACUCUGACUCAGCGCUGCACCAGAGCACACUGACUCCGGCCCAGCAGGCCUCGUUCACUGGAGGAUCACAGGAGCUCCAGCCAAAAAGGGUUCUCCUGCUCACCGUGCCGGGGGCUGAAGCAAUUAAACAAGAGACUGAUGAAGAUGAACAAAACCAGAACUGGGAGUGCAAAAAGAACAUGUCAAGGUCCGAGCCCUGCAAAGUUCCAGGGAUCCACAUAUUCCCGUCUCCGGACCAGCAGCUGAACACUUCACUGAAACCAGCAGUCCACAACACUGGCGGUUCUCUGCCUGACCUGACCAACAUCCAGUUUCCUCCUCCGCUGCCCACCCCGCUCGACUUAGAUGAUGCAGUGGCCGCCUCGUAUAGCUCCUCCGACAGCACACUGAAUCUGGCUAACACGCAAGGAGUGAACACCUCUCAGCCCACAGUAACCAUGGAAAUGCAGCCCGGGCCGGACGACAUGGUUCCUCUCAUCCUGAAUGCUGGAGACUCCCACCAGCAUCAGAACCUGCAGCUCUCCCCAACAUCUCCGCCUCUCUCCCUCUCCCAGUCGGCCAUCAACGCCAUGAAUCUUGAGCAGGAGCUGUCCCAGUACGCCUUCUUCAACCAGCAGCCGUCGUCCCAACAGACUGGUCUGGUCCAGCUGCAGUCAGACAACCAGACGUCCUCGCAGGCCAACAUGACCAUGGACAUGAACACGGCCUCGUCCCUUCAACAGUACCGCGGUAGGGUCGGAUCCUCUGCCAAUCAGUCUCCAACCUCCCCCGUCUCCAAUCAAGGCUUCUCACCUGGAGGUUCGCCUCAACAUAACUCCAUACUGGGCAGCGUGUUUGCAGACUUCUACGACCAGCAGCUCCCGUCCAUUCAGACCAGUGCUCUCUCACAACAGUUGGAGCAGUUCAACAUGAUUGAAACCCCCAUCAGCUCUGACAGCCUGUAUAACCAGACCUCCACCCUCAACUACUCCCAGGCGCUUAUGAUGGGUUUGACUGGUGGCCAUUGCAACCUUCAGGACCAGCAGCAGAUGAGCUACAGUAGCCAUGGCAACAUCCCCAACAUCAUUCUCACAGUGAGCGGGGAGUCACCCCCCAACCUGCCCAAGGACCUGACUGACUCGUUGUCCACAGAUAUCAGCUUUGACGUCGACUCCCAGUUCCCACUGGAUGAUCUCAAAAUAGACCCGCUGACGCUUGAUGGCCUUCACAUGCUAAAUGAUCCGGACAUGGUCCUUGCUGACCCCGCCACGGAGGACGCGUUUCGCCUCGACCGGCUCUAACCACAGGACCACCUCAAUGCCCAGGUGUGUAAAUGUUGCUGCCCUGAGGGG